AAUUGCGCUGGGUACUGAGGAUCCGCCGCGGCACUUGACGACGAGCGCACCUCAGCCAAAGCCUUCCCCGACAGCGCAAAGCAUGAGCGCCCGUUCUCUGGGCCCCUCUCCCCCAGGAGCAUCCCUAGGGUCGCAUAGACGCGCCGCGGCGCUGCGCCCAGGCCCGGGCCGUCCCCAGCCCAGCACCGGCGCCAGUGGCGGCAGGCGGCGCGCACCUCUCGCUCACGCCGGCGGCGCGCCCACCUCACCCGCGGGGCCCGUGACGGAUGCGGCGGUGCCCGAGGGCCACCAGGGCCUGCACGGCUUCCUGUAUGGCGAGGGCGGCGCAGAGGCGCACGACGGCGGCAUCGGCUACACGUUUCGGGAGGGUGAGGACGACGGCUGCAGCCUGCUGGCCACCGCGGGGUACGUGGCGGCGCGGGAGGGCGAGAAGCCGGUGGGCGUGUAUGCGCUCUAUGACGACAAGCGCAACCUCCAGUACGUGGGCUACGCCCGGAACGUGGUGCUGGCGGUCAAGGCGCACCUGGCGCGCGUGGGGGAGGAGCGGUGCGCCUGGGUGCGCGUCAUGGUGUUUGCCAACAAGGCGAUGCAGUCGCGGGCGGCGCUGCAGCGCGAGGCAGACAACUGGCUGGCGGAGGCGGGCACGCUGCCGCCAGGCAACGGCGCCGAGGCGGAGCUGUGGGCGCAGGGCGUGGGCGCCAGCGGCGCCAGCGUGGAUGUGUCGCUGAUGAGCGCCGACGAGCUGGCGCAGUACGAGGAGCGCAAGCUGAAGCUGCGCAAGGCCAUGGGAGAGAACCUGCACGACGAUGUGGCGGGAGAGGCGGAGGACUCGCGCACCCGCCGCCUCAAGCUGAUUGCGGCGGUGGAGGGCGACGACUGGUCCGAGGUGAUCCAGGAGCAGUCGGCGGAGGCGGUGGUGAGCGGGGAGGUCGGCAGCGCGCGGCAGCAGGCACAGCAGGCGGGCGGUGAGGCCCUUGCGCCGCCCGCCGCGGCGCCGCCCAUCGUCACCCCCUUUGCCCGCGCCUCGGUGCACCGGGCGGUGGGCAACAGCAGCGCGGCGGCGGGCGCCGGCGGCGAGGCGGGCCGGCCCCUGGAGAUGACGGUUGAGGCGGUGGAUGCCGCGCUGGACGAUGUGCGGCCCUACCUGAUUGCCGACGGCGGCAACGUGGAUGUGGUGGCGGUGGAGGAUGGCCGCGUCUUCCUACAGCUGCAGGGCGCGUGCGGCACCUGCCCCUCCUCCACAGCAACCAUGAAGAUGGGCAUCGAGCGCAGCCUCAAGGCGGCGUUUGGGAAGCAGCUGGUGGAGGUGCUGCAGGUGGGCGGCCAGGAGGACAACCGCGCCACCGCCGAGGGCGUGGACAUGCACCUCAACAUGCUGCGGGGCGCGGUGGGCGCGUACGGCGGCAGCGUGGAGGUGGUGGGCGUGGAGCAGGGCGUGUGCACGCUGCACUACAAGGGCCCAGAGGCCAUUGGCUACGGCCUGCGGGCGGCGGUGCGGGACAAGUUCCCCGACCUGGUGGAAGUGUUGAUGAUGGACCCAGACACGGGGGAGCCCAUCAAGUUCCAGGCCUGAGGGUGGGCGGGCUGAUGCAGCUCCAGGCCCCUCGCAAGGCUGGAGGCUGAUACCAGUUGCAGGAGUGGCUUGGGGUGAGCUGAGCUGGCGGCGGGGCAGCCUCCUUGUGAGGAGAGGCGACGCGAAGAUGUAGUGGCGUUGCUGCUUGGUGUCAUACUAUCCCUGGCCUUGCUGGUUUUAAAAGGCGUAACCGGCU